GUUGAAGAGAUUGGACCUCCGAUAAACUGAAUCAUGGCGGUCACACGAAAGCGUCCUCAAAAGAGCUCGACAGAGAAUAAGGCAAAAGAGAAUAUGUCGAGAGCAGAAGACAGCGGUACAUCAGACUUAUUUUUAAAGUUAUUCGCUGCAGCUUUCUACGGACUCGCAUCUUUUCUCAUUGUUGUCGUUAACAAGAGUGUUCUCACUAAUUACAGAUUCCCGUCAUCUUUAUCAGUGGGAAUUGGCCAAAUGUUGGCAACAGUUGUUGUGUUGCGAGGUGCAAAAUUAUUGAAUGUGGUAGAUUUCCCAGAUUUUGACGGGAAAGUUCCACAUAAGGUAUUUCCACUCCCCUUACUCUAUGUGGGAAAUCAAUUAACUGGCCUGUUUGGAACAAAACAACUCAAUCUUCCAAUGUUUACUGUGCUCAGAAGAUUCUCCAUCUUGUUCACAAUGCUGUUUGAGGGUUACCUGCUGAAAAAGAAGUUUUCAUGGUCCAUUAAAGCAACUGUAUUUACCAUGAUCUUAGGAGCAUUUAUUGCUGCAAGUACAGAUUUAGCAUUUGACCUCCAUGGAUAUGUGUUCAUUUCUCUAAACAACAUUCUAACUGCUGCUAAUGGGGCUUAUAUGAAACAAAAACUGGACUCCAAGGAUCUGGGAAAAUACGGGCUGCUGUAUUAUAAUGCUUUAUUUAUGAUUAUUCCCACUAUGGUUUUAGCAUACUUCACUGGAGACAUUCAGAAAGCUUUGGAAUAUGAUGGUUGGGCUGACCUUUUAUUUGUGAUUCAGUUUGUGUUAUCAUGUGUGAUGGGGUUCAUUCUCAUGUACUCCAUUAUGUUAUGCACCCAUUACAACUCUGCUCUGACUACUACUAUUGUCGGCUGUAUCAAGAAUAUCUUGGUGACAUACAUUGGGAUGGUGUUUGGUGGAGAUUAUAUCUUUACUUGGCUGAACUUCAUUGGCCUAAACAUCAGCAUUGCUGGCAGUCUGGUGUACUCAUACAUCACUUUCACUAAGGAACAAAAAAAAACAAGUUGAUGGAACAAACAAGAUUAAACAGCCUCCAUAGAAGAACGUUAAUUGAUGCUGGACAUUAAAACCUCAUCUGUGAAGAACAUAAGUGGACUCAUUUCACAGUGCCUUGCUAUAGAGCACAACAUUGACCAUCCACAAUUUCAGCCAUUUUGCUUGCAGUAUUUGUCACAUUCAUUUUCUCCAUUGACAUUUCAAACAAUCUUUAAAAAAAAAAAAUUGUAAAUCUUGAAUCACACCAACUAGCUCAGAGAUGAAGCACACUAAAAACUGAAAUAAAGUAUUUACUAAAAAAGAACUACAAUGGCAAGAAAAAGUAUGUGAACCCUUUGGAAUUAGCUGGUUUUCUGCAUUAAUUGGUCAUAAAAUGUGAUCACAUCUUCAUCAAUGUCAUAAGUAUUGACAAACACAAUGCGCUUAAGCUAACAACACACAAACAAUUAUCAUCUUUCAUGUCUUUAUUGAACACAUCC